ACAACGAGACUGAAUGUUAAUGUUCAAUGUCAAAUAAACCAGUUCUUAAACCCUCACCUUCCGCUAGUCCGCUUUGAAAAGAAAAUAAAAAAAUAGUAGUCAGUGUCAGUAGAAAUUCAUCCUCUGAGCAGUUUACAGUGAAGUAUAAAAACACAAAAACAGGUAGCUGGCUGGGAUCGCUGGGAUAAAAAUAGAAAUCGUUGACCUCGACGUUCCCCGAAAUCUACCGAGCUUUCAGUUCGUGAGGAACUAGAGUACGAGAGGUGACGAGAGUGCAUUCGGAAUUCUACGCCAUCGCGCGUUCCGCAUUGUAGGAAAUUAAUUGAUAUCCCUACUUUUUUCUUUGUGGAGAGGGAGAAGCUAUAUUGUCUGCGUCAUAACUCGCAGACAUCUUGUUCGCAAUACAGUGUUGGUUAGGAAACAGGUUAUGGUUGUAGUGAACUAGCGCGGGAGUUUGGACAAAAUUAUAUUUUAGUUAAUAAAAUCAAUUAUGGAUACCAGCACAGGUGAAUGCAGACUUUGUUUGUCACAAAAGGAACUAGUUUUAGUGUUUAACUGUGAUGGAGUAGGACCUAAACAAAUGAAGGAGUUGAUAUUUUUGACAACUGGAGUUGAAAUUUUGGAGAAAGACGUCGUCUCGAGGAAAAUAUGUACCGCUUGCAGCCAAGUCGUUAUUAAAAUGCAUGAAUUCAGAGAGAGAUCUAUUAAGACUGAUAAAUAUCUCAAGGAAAAAUGUAUACAGCGUUUAAAAGCGACGGAAAUGAAAAUUCCCAACACCAAUGUCACGAUUACAACAACAAAACAACUCAGAACAGAAACGCUAGACGAUUCCUAUCAUAAUAAUCAUAAUUUAUACCAAAAUGAAUUAAAUGAGGUAGAUGGAUCAAAAAAAGAUGAGAAUGAUACUUAUUCUCAUAAUUUAAAUAUACCUAAAAAAGUAAAAGUUCACGAAUCAGUGUCAGAACUUUUUAAGCGUCAUCCGAACCUUAAAUUACGGACUGAUGUUCUGAGUUUCGAUGUAAAUCCCUGUAUCAGCUUAGAGUUAGACGCAGUCGAAAAAUACUGUAGUGACAAUAAUAUAAAUUUAAAAUUAGCAACGGACGAUAAAAAUAUCUCGAUUACAAACAAUUCUGCAGAAACAAGUAUUUCAGAAAACACAAGUUAUAGUCCGGAUAAUCUGGAAAUUAUUUCUAAUCAUUUAUCUAAACGUAAAAGGGAAAGUAAUGAAAGUAACAACAAUAACGAGGAAAUUACCGUAACCCAACAAAGUAAAAUUAAAAGGCGAAGAUUAUCUUCGAGUGAUUUUAUAUCCGAUACGGACCAAAGAAACCCAACAUUAUUUGAAACUUUAGAAUUAAAACCCAGUCAACCUUCAUCUAAACAAACAAAGACUCAUAAAUGCAAAAUUUGCUUAUCAAUUCACAAAAACGCAAAGACUCUUAAAAUUCAUUACCAAGAACAUUUUUGUUGCAGCUUUUGUAGAGCAAGAUUCAGAAUAGUCGAACGUAGAAUAUCCCAUGAAAAGAAAUGUACCAUAGGUCACGCUUUAAAUAGUAGACCAUAUGUCGAAUUAACCAGAGUUGAUUUUGAUCCGAAUAUUAGAAACAAAUAUCUUAAUUGUAAUUCUGUCAUCAACAAAAAUAGUUUACAUGGUAAUGAAGUUAUACUAUUAUCCGACGAUGAAGAACCAGUUAAUAAGUCAACUAGCAUUACUAACAUAACGGUAGUUGCAACGGAAUCCAGCAGUAUUGAAAACGUGACCAAUAAAUGUUUAACGGAAUUAAACAAUGUUACAACAUAUUCUCCAGCUAAAUAUAACACGUUUGUACAGUCCCCUACUGCAAUCAGUAACAACGAACUUUUAUCUCAAACUGAGGUAUCAAACACUACUGAUGCAGAAGUGUUGUCAGUUCAGUAUUCAAGCACAGCAAUAGUGAGACCUGAUAUUAGAUUACAAGAAGACACAUUAGUAGACAUCAAUAAUAUAAAGGGUUCUGAUAAUAUUCUGCUAAAAGACUUACUACGACACGCAAAACGAGUCAAGCAUAAGUUGUUAAAAGCUCCAAGUAAUGAGGAUAUAACUAGAAAUGGGAUAAUGAAAAAUAUGUUUUUACAAUUAGGCUUGUAUAAAGUUCCAGUAAAUAUUCGACAUGGUCAACAUUGUGUAACUAUCUCUGAACAAGAAUCUAACACAACCAAAGAGGUAACAAUGUGGAAUGACAUAAAACCAUUGCCUUUAUUGAAUAAAAAGGCAAAUGUGGAUAUUAAAAAUAUAACAUUGAAACUAAGUGAAACUGUACUCACAAAGUCUGUAAAAACAAAUAACCCAGCGAAGGUGCAACGUAGGCAUUCGAUUCCGUAUGUACUAUACGGACCAAUAUCAAAAAUUCGCCAAACGGUAUCAAAUAUGGCAACGUCUAAUACCCAAUAUUCCAACACGCACUCAACUCAAGAUCAAACAAUGGUAUCUACUCCUAAUAUGCUUUCACAGUCUUCUACAACGGUCACAUCUCCUAAUGGUGUUCAAACUGUUUUUUCCCAACAUUUUACCCCCAAUUUUCUUAAUACUUCAAACGCACACUUACUUAAUUCUAGAAAUAAUACUUCACCAGUGAAUAGUAAUACCAGUUCGCCACAACUAAUUCCCCAUACUCCAAACAAUGCAAUAGUUAAUACUGCUACAUAUAAUUCUCGACAAGAAUUUGUACCUGUAUCAAACACUUUAAUUAAUUCAACAAAUGAUAUUUCUCAAGUUUUUCGAUCAUCUGGUGUAAUUAUGCCAGGUGUUAACCAUCGAUCAAUUUCAAGACCAAAUAAUACUUCACCAUUGAAUAGAACUGCUAGUUCUCCACAAAUAGUUCCAGAUACUCCAAACAACGCAAUAGUGAAUACCGCUUCACAUAAUUCUCGACAUGAAUUUCUACCUCUGUCAAACACUUCAAUUAAUUCAACAAAUGAUAUCUCUCAAGUUUUUAGAUCAUCUGGUAUAAUUAGGCCAGGUGUUAAUCAUCGAUCAAUUUCAAGAUCAAAUAGUACUUCACCACUGAAUAGAAACGCCAGUUCUCCACAAAUUCUUCACACCUCAGUUAAUAACGUUACUAAUAAUUCUCGACAAGAGUUUACUCGACCAAAUACUUCACCACUGAAUAGUAAUGCCAUUUCUCCACAAACAGUUCCUCAUAUCCUAAACAACUCAAUAGUUAAUAAUACUACAAAUUAUUCUCAACAAGAAUAUAUACCCCUAUCAAUCACUUCAAUGAAUUUAACAAAUAGUAGUUCUCAAGAUUUUAGAUCCGGCGGUGCCGUUAUGACAGAUGGUAAUCAUCCAUCAUUUUUAAGAUCUGUUUCAAAUCCUGCAGUAAAUGAUUGUAACCUUACCAACUACAAUCGUUUCAGUGCUCCACCUAACCAAAAAAAUGUACAAUAUACAUAUUCUAACAGUAAUAAUCAACAGAUUACUACACCUUCGUUAAAUAAUCAAAGUGUCAUACUUAACUCUCUAGUCGCAAAUGGUAAUGCACGUCAAUACAAUAAUCUUCAACAGAAUACCUUGAACGCAACAAGUCUUAUGCCAAAUAAUAAUAGCAAUAAUAAUUUAAGUACCUCUAGUAUUCCCUAUCAAAUUUCUGCUCUACCUAAUAAUUUCUCUUCCUCUAGACCCAUGAUUAGAGUUAGAAGUUUACAGGAAUUAAGAUAAUUGUAAUUAAAUAUAUUUUUAUAUUUUUGUACUGUAUUAUUAAAAUAAUAAUAAAUCGUU